CUCUGAUACAAGUGGGAAUAAGGGUGUGAAUACCAGACAGGAUCCUUGCAGCGCGUGAAGGAGCUGAGAUUUUGUGUAUAUAUCACGGUUCUAAUCUUGGAUGACUUUGCAUAUCAGGGUUCUGCCUUGGAAUUUCUGUGCCAAUCUUCGCCUGUCUUAUAUACCUCUAGAGCAAAGUCCAGACAUCGAGGCCCCAGAGGAGAUAGGCCCUCUUCCCAUCGCCUAGAUGUCCAUACUGCAGGUCACACUGUGUGCUAGUGACGGGAGUGGGAAUGGAGGAAGCAUCAGUGGUCAACCUGGUGAGGACACAUUGGAUCACACUGUCAGGCCUUUCCAAACGUCCAAUACGCAAUUGCCAACAAUAAAUGCGGAGAAUGUGGGCGACCCCACGUCCGACACCCGGCAGAUAAGGCAACAUCGUGCCAGCAUUGGCGGGAAGAAGGUAAUAGCGCGGACAUUGCCACACGCUUCUUCUUCAUCUCUGAACUCCCUUAGCAGUCAAAUGGCCAGCUCAAAGCUAGACGGGGCCAACCCAAGCGCCGAGGAUACAGAUCCAGGCGCACGAAGCUCUGAUGAAUCCCGUCAGGGCCAGUACUCGCUCUUCCUGCAAGUAUUCAGCUGGCUGCAGAACGAAAGGACCAAGCUGGCUACUCGAAGGCAGAAAGUUGGAGAUGAACAUGGGUCCGCGGAAGCGCCGGAUUCGAACACUUCCGAGUCUAGAACGGAUGACAUGGAGUUCGCCCUGGACCAGCUUGAGCGUAUACUGGCACAAUACUCGAGUUCUCGGGAGAAUAUUCGUCCUAGAGGUUCAAUGACACCGAAGCAACGGGCAGCAGCAGUCAAGAAACUACGACGAGGAUCCCAUUCCGAUUCUGACUACACGGACACUGAUCAAGGUGUACCUGGCGCCGAUGUUACCUUGGAUAAUUCCAAGGCACUUCUCUAUUCCGGCGGCGAGGCGGAUAGUGACGUCGACGCUCUCGAAGUUAAGCCCUCAGCUAAGGAUCGCGAGAACUGGCUGAAAUUUAAAUUCGAAGUCGUCCGUUUGGUUCAUACAUUAGGGCUCAAGGGUUGGAGAAGGGUACCCUUGGAGGUCAGCGGCGAAGUAGAAGUCGUGCGCCUAAGCGGAGCAUUGACCAAUGCUGUUUACGUCGUUUCACCGCCCAAAAAACUUCCGAUGGCUCAAAGAUCAGAGACGUCGUUGCCAUCAGUGCCGCGAAAACCUCCACCGAAGCUUCUCCUCCGUGUUUAUGGGCCUCAGGUGGAACACCUUAUCGACAGAGAGCGCGAGCUGCAGAUUCUCCGUCGUUUAGGAAAGAGGAAUAUCGGACCCCGUGUUUUGGGUACUUUCAACAACGGACGUUUCGAACAGUAUUUCCAUGCAAAACCUCUAACCACUAAAGAACUACGUGUUCCCGAGACCUCCAAGCAAAUCUCAAAACGCAUGAGAGAGCUUCAUGACGGCAUCGAUCUACUCCCAGAAGAGCGAGAGAGUGGACCCUCCUUGUGGAAAAACUGGGAUAAAUGGGUCGGACGCUGUGAGAAGGUUACUACCUGGCUGGAUCAAGAGAUCCUGAAUGGUAAUAAUAGCUCAAAGGCUUCCAAUGAGCCCUGGAGAUCGCGCGGUUUCGUCUGCUGCGUUCCAUGGCAGAGCUUCCGGGCCGUGGUGGAUAGGUAUCGGAAAUGGCUGGAAGAACAUUUUGGCGGCGCAGGGGAGAUUUCCAAACGGCUGGUAUUUGCGCACAACGAUACACAAUAUGGCAACCUUCUCCGACUACAACCUAGCGAAGAGUCACCGCUGUUGCUCCCCGCCAACGAACAUAAGCAGCUGAUUGUCAUUGACUUUGAGUAUGCAUCCGCUAACAUGCGUGGUGUCGAGUUUGCGAAUCAUUUUACCGAGUGGUGUUAUAAUUAUCAUGACGCAGAACGUCCAUGGGCAUGCCAUACAAAUUGGUAUCCCACCCAGGAAGAACAGGAACGGUUCAUCCGGGCAUAUCUGCGUCACCAAUCCCGUCUGACAGCUCAACCUGCGGACAUCUCCACUCCACCUGCAACCCACCCAUCUGUUUCAGUUACCCGACCAACUUACACUAGCAGCCCGCGUGUACCCCCAUUCCUUCUUGAUACUUACGUUCCUGGAGUGAACCCGCCUCUCACAGAUUACGAGAAUCGUGAUCCAGCCGAAGAAGCUGAAGUGCAGCAGCUUCUCCACGAGACACGUUUGUGGCGGGUUGCGAACUCAGUGCAGUGGAUAGCAUGGGGAAUCGUGCAAGCACAUGUCCCCGGAAUGAAUAUAGCUCUUUCUAAACAGGACACCGCAAAUAUUCCGGCCCCUGGAAGCUCUGUUCCUAGCGAACCAGAGAAGAGCGAUGAGCAGCAAUCGACCGAUUAUGCUCAGGAGGUUAACCAUGAACAGGUGAAGCAAGAAGUCGAGGCUGAAGAGGCGGCUGAUGAGUUCGACUAUCUCGCCUACGCGCAGGAUCGGGCUCUUUUUUUCUGGUCCGAUCUACUGGCAUUGGGAUUCAUAAAGGAGGAAGAAUUACCGGCGGACAUGAUAGAAGAUAUCAAGAAACGGGUGAUUGAUUAUUAAUGAGUUAAUUUUAGGCCGUGAUCACGCACGACAGGAAUUAUCAGUCGAGCUGUGUCAGGCACCUCAUUUUGGUCGAAGCAUCAGCGCCACUGCUCGCGUUCUAUGUAGAUUACCAGCGCCGCACUUUUGUAUAUACCAUCUCUGCUAGGUGCUGCUGGUAAUAUAUGUUUAAUUUGGACGUU